AUGGCAGGCACCUGUUCAAUGCUUUGUGUGAUUAUUAUCACUCUAUUUAUUCCUCCCCUAGGUGUAUUCCUUACAGCUGGAUGUGGUGCUGACUUCUGGAUUAAUGUCCUUCUUACUAUUCUGGGAUACUUUCCUGGCCACAUCCACGCCUUUUACUUGGAGUACGUCUACUAUCAUCGCCGCAAGCAAGAUCCCAUGACCCGUGCGACAGAACGACCAGCGCCCGGUGUCUACUCGGAUCGCGUCCAGAAUGGUGGUCACUCGGACCGGGGUUAUGGCACUGUCUGA